GGGAGUCAGACAGGACCGGGAACCGGGGAUUUGACCUUUUCCGUAUAAACUCGGGUUUGUGAGGGCGAGCGGGGAGCCAUGGCGGUGUUCUCUGCUCUUUGGGUGCUCUUACUGUGCCAGCUUUUGACAUCAUCCUCAGCCCAGAGGCCGGGCCCCAGAGGAGCUCCUGGGCCACCAGGAUCCCCAGGGCAACCAGGAAAGGAUGGCACUGAUGGCAAAGCGGGACCUGCUGGACUGGCAGGGAAACCAGGUCCCAAAGGGAAAGCAGGAAUACCAGGCGGACCAGGAAAACCAGGCCUGCCAGGACUUCCAGGGGUUGAUGGUUUGACAGGUCCUGAUGGUCCUGCUGGAAAGGAUGGACCCCCUGGGGAACCAGGUGACGCUGGACCUCCUGGGCCACCUGGAUCUCCUGGCAGAGGGAGACCAGGAGCUGCAGGACUACCUGGAACCAACGGGUUGCCAGGCGGAGUCGGACCCCAGGGUCCAGCAGGUGCUGAGGGUCUUCCAGGACUUCCUGGACCUGCUGGCCCUGAUGGACCACCAGGUCUUCCUGGUACUCUUCAUGAUCUUAGCGGUGACCUUCUGUGUCCUGCAAUCUGCCCCUCUGGUCCCUCCGGUUCUCCUGGGAUGCCAGGAUUCAAGGGUCACACAGGGCAUAAAGGAGACAAGGGAGAGGCUGGAAAAAAUGGAGAGAAGGGUGAUCCUGGCCCACCUGGCCCACCAGGUAUUCCUGGGACUGUGGGUCUGCAGGGCCCACGUGGUCUCAGAGGUUUACAAGGCCCAAUGGGACCUGUAGGAGACAGAGGCCUGCCUGGUUUCAGAGGCAAACCUGGCAUCGCUGGCAUCAUUGGAAAGACAGGUGAUGCUGGAGAGAAAGGACCACAGGGAUUCAGAGGACCCAAAGGAGAAAUUGGUAAAAUUGGUCCCAAAGGAGGUCCUGGUGGAGCAGGACCCAAAGGAGAGCCUGGUAUUCCUGGCAGAGAUGGGAAAGAUGGUACACCAGGAUUAGAUGGCGAGAAGGGUGAUGCUGGACGCCACGGGGUAGUCGGAGAGAAAGGACCAAACGGCCUUCCUGGUCUCCAAGGAAAAGCUGGUUCAAAGGGGUCUAAAGGAGAAGUUGGUGAUCCAGGGAAGUCUGGAGAGACGGGACCCUCUGGAGAGCCAGGUAUUCCUGGUGAUAUUGGCAUCCCAGGAGAGAGGGGGAUAGCAGGACCCAGAGGAGUGGCUGGAGGUAUUGGACCAGCGGGCAACCCCGGGCCUCAGGGAGUGAAAGGCUUCCAGGGGGUAAAAGGAGCCUUGGGGGAUCCAGGUCUUCCAGGUCCAACAGGAAUCCGUGGAGAGUUUGGUGAAAGGGGCCCAGUUGGAGCUUCUGGAGCAAAAGGAGACAUGGGUGUGGCAGGAAGUGAUGGUUUACCAGGAGAAAAUGGAGAACCUGGUCCUUUUGGCCCAGUUGGACAAAAAGGACAGCCAGGGAAGCGGGGUGAACUGGGACCUAAAGGCGUGACAGGUCCACAAGGAGAGCUUGGGGCAAGAGGACCCCCAGGAAAACAAGGACCAAUGGGCUUCCAAGGGGAGCAGGGUCAUCCUGGAAUUUCAGGAAAGACAGGCGUACCCGGUAAACUGGCAAGUGAGCAGCACAUCAGAGAGCUUUGUGGCUCAAUGAUUGAUGAUCAGAUAGCACAGCUGGCCGCUAACCUUCGAAGACCCCUGGCCCCUGGGAUGGUGGGCCGCCCCGGCCCUUCUGGGGUUCCAGGAAAGCCAGGAGUUGCUGGCUCUAUUGGGCAUCCAGGUUCCCGUGGACCACCAGGGUACAGAGGCCUGCCAGGAGAGCUCGGAGACCCCGGUCCCAGAGGUGAUGUUGGUGAGCAAGGUGAUAAGGGAACCAUUGGCAAAGCUAUUGAUGGGCCCCCUGGAGACCAAGGAUACCAAGGUCUCCCAGGAGUACCUGGAAUUGUCAAAGAUGGGCGUGAUGGAUCUCCAGGAGAUCCAGGUGAGCCUGGAGAGUCAGGCAGGGUAGGUAGGACUGGGCACCAGGGACCUCCUGGAAUCUGUGAUACAUCAGCCUGCCAGGGAGCAUCGGUCGCUGGAAAAUCCUCCAAUCCCAAAAAUCAUUAAACUUCCUACAACCUGACGCCAUCCACCCCUAGGAGGAAGGCUGAUAAGUGAGGGAAGGAAGGAAUGAAAGAAGAGAGUGAUCACAAAAAAUGUCCUCUUUAUUUAAAUAUGUGUAUCACAAGAUGGGAAGAGUAACAUCAACAGGUGUGAUAUUUUGAGAGGAACAGAGGAACAUCCGAGGAUUGACAUGAAUACCAGAGCAACUGAGUGACAAAAACAUCCAAGAUGACAUCCAGAAAAUAAAGUGGACAGAGGCACAGAAGAGUCCAAGAGAACAACCGCAUUGCUCCAAAUACUACAGUAUCACAUAACAAGACUUGACUUACAAACAACUGGAAAAUGAAUGAUGAGUCCAUUGUGUAUAAAAACUUUGUACAUGUUGUUUCCAUGCCCCCUAUUACCUUUGUUAACAUCCUUCUGGCAGAUGACUCUAAAAACAACAGUGACUGUCUCUGAGGUGAAUGUGUAUGCAUCAUGGCCCAUUAAUGUAAAUCACAGGUGUUACCUCAACAUACAGGCUUACAGUGUAAAAUAUGGAAAUAGGCGUCAGAGGGGGGGAAGCCUCUGUCAAGGAGCUGUGUAUGUAUUGUAAAAGGAAUAAAAAACACAAAUACCCAGGUGCCCAGAAAUUGUGUAGAUUAAUGCAAAAGAUUUUAAAAACUUUUUUGAUAG